UAUUUGUAAUUUAGUUGAAAUCGUUUGGUAGUAAGCAUGUCGUGGUUCGCGGGUAAAAAGUACAGACGAGUGAGAUGUGAAAAUAUACUUGAGUUAAUAAAAUCACCAAAUGCAAAUGAACAGAUUAUUCGAUUACUAACAGACAGUCCGCCAGUUGUUGCAUUUAACAGGACAAGUGAAACGAAUUUGACUCUAACAAUACUGGCAGAUGAUAAAAAUUUUCAUUUUAAUUUUCAUAUUGGACAAGAACAAGAAAUGGAAAAGAGAGAUGGAAGUAAGAUUAAAUUAUUAUACGAAAUAACAAGCGAUAACAUUUUAAAACAAACAAUAAGAAUGCCAGACGGAAAGACUGCUUACUUUACUAGAGAAUUCACAGAGACUGAUUCGAAAAUGAUAAUUGAAUUCGAAGGUUCGGAGACAACGGCUACAAUAUACUACGAAGUGGUAGACUGACAGCCGCAAAAUGUGAUCAUCUAAUCAGUAUUCAUACACGAAAAUGGCUUUAGGUUAAAAAUUAAAUUAAUUUAUUUUAUAAAUUUAAUUAUAAGGAAAUAGGGUUUUUUAUAAACUAAAAUUU